AUGUCGAAAAGAGCUUACAAUAAUAGUAUUCAAAAUAACCAACCUGGGAUAUAUAGAGCACUACCAGCUCCAUCCACACAAAUGCGCACUCCGACACAGCGCGCCUUACCAGCUCCGUUACCAGCACCCCGUGUGAAUAAUUUAAACUCCGAAGUGACCAGCGAGGCGAGCAGCUCGUUGGAAACCGCUUCAUCCUGCUCAACGAUUCAGACUCCGACACCGAAUCUAAUUCUAGAACACUCCCAAAUUCAAUGGUACUCCACAAUAAUAAACGUUGAUGGAAGUACACUUAUGGCUAUAAACAAACUACCAUCUAAGUCUGGCCUAUUCUAUCAACCCCUAGGAGACAUCCUCAUCUCAGAAAGCUCCUGGAAACUAGUAAUAUUUAGAAACUUAGAACCACUUUUUCUCUCACGUGACUCCUUGAAACGAUUGAUCGCUAAUUACGAAACCGUCAUAAGCUCUAGUAAAUAUAUUACCCCUAGCAUUUAUACAACGAAAUCCUUCACUAAAGUCAGUUUAGAUAAAAUAGAUACUAGAUUAAAUGAACUCAGCUACUAUACGAAUAACCAUAAUCGCGCCAAACGCGAAUUAAUGGAUGGCCUUGGUACGGUUUUAAAAUGGUUAAUAGGUACUCCUGACGCGAAAGACGCACAAUACUAUAAUCAAUGCAUUGAAUUGCUAGAAAAGCAACAAUUAGACCAUAAUCAAGUGUUAACCCAACAACUACAGAUCAUUUCCUCUACCAUCUCUAAUUUCAACGACACUAUUUCGCGAAUUUCUUACGAUGAAUAUUCUAUGAAUGAUAAUCUGAAUAGGAUUAGCUCUUAUUUAAAUACUACAAAUAAAAUAAUUUUUGACUUGAAAGUUUCUGAAGAAAUAUCAACUGUUUCAAUUCAAAUUCUUGAAUCAGUUCUUUCUUUAGAGAGAGAAUUAGACGAAAUAAUUACAAGCAUAUUGUUUAUAAAAUCAGGAGCAAUUCACCCUUCUAUUAUUUCGACUAUUAAACUUUAUAAAGAACUUUUAGCAACAAACCAUCUUAGAAUAAAUAACAAUUUAGUCGCACCUAUAACGUUAGGAAACAUUCAUAAAAUUUUAGAAUCUACAACACCUACGUCUUACAUUUACCUCAAUAAACUAGUAUAUAUAUUAGAAUUCCCUUUAGUCAAAAACGAAAAAUUUAAUCUAUAUCACAUGUAUUCUAUUCCCAUUAAACAUUACAAUUCCUCCUAUUACUCAACCCUAUUCCCUGAGCAUACAUACCUUGCCACUUCUACUACGCUGCAACGUUACGUCACAACGAGCAUCCUGGAAAGUUGCAAGAUGUUCACAACAAAAACAAGAGUUUGCAAGGACUUACCAGUAUACAACUACAACGCCAGACCAAUAUGCGAGAUUGCAAUACUACAAUCGUCCAGCAAGGAACCGCCAAGUAAUUGCGAACUGACAACCUUCUCAGCACAUGUGGACACCUUUCAAUCCAUUGGAAAUAACCAGUGGAUAUUUCUACUGAGAUUCAAGACACCAAGCAUAGUUGAAUGCGGAAACCAAAUAGAACAUCAAGAAAUCUCUGGCUCCGGAAUAAUUUCCUUGAAAUCAGGAUGCAAAUUUUACACCGCUUUUGUGACACUCAACGCAGAAGAGGAUACGAUGACGAACCUGACUUACCCGAUCAUCACAGUGGACAUUGAAGAUGCCUGUCUUCCUGAAACCUUGAGACAACCAAUUCCACCUGAGUUACACCCUAUAAUGGUGAAAAAUGUUCCCUUAGAUUCCCUACAUAUUAUUAAAGAACAAAUUAAAGUCCAAGAACAACUUCUGAAGGAACAACAGAACUCCUUCAAUAGUAAUUUCUCCAGUCCUAAAUUCUCUUUCAUCGCUAUGGCAUUGGGCUCAUCAAUGCUCAUUUUUCUACUUUACAAAUGCUGCCCAUGGCAUUAUUUCUGGACUCGAAAUCGAAACCCACGAGAUCUUCAGCCCAAAUCAGGCUGUAUCCAAAUAUUUAACAAUUGUUUUGACAACUCUCGUCAGCGCCAGAGCAUCCCGUUAGCAACAAUCAACACGAGCGCACUAUCAGAAGAUGAAGAUGAAGACGAAAAUUUACCUACAACUGCAAGAUCGCGCACACCUAAGGCCCGAUCUUUAUUC